CGGGCGCCAGAUCCGAGACGGGGUACCACUCGCUGCUGGACGUCGUGCUCCGCGACAACGUGCUCUACUUCUUCGUGUGCGUUCCUCGAUCCCCGCACCGACGCACGGAUGCUGACACCAGCCGCAGGAUCACGUGCAUCCUGGUCUUCAAUAACGUGAGUCUCAGCGGCCGCUCACAGUCGAACGCGCUAAUCAGAUGGCGUGGGACAGCUGAUGGUCGUCGUAAGUCGCGUUCCUGCGUUGUGACAGACUUGAUGCUGAACGGAGACGGUCCGUGACAG